CGUGCCGGCGCCACGAAUUCUUGUGACAUUAAAGCUGGCUUAGUUUCCAAUAAAAAAAUAUAACUGACAACGGAGUAGGGCCACGCUAUAUAUUUUACCAGGUUAUGGUUAAAAAUUUAAAAUUAUUUAUAGGAUUCUUGUGUAUUCUUAUACAAUUCUAACGAGCAAUUUCAACUUUUAAAAAGUAAUAAGUAAAACCUAAAAUGGCUUCAAACGAAGGCCGUGUUCAAUCUAACUUGCAUCAGCAGGAUCUAUCUAAAUUGGAUGUCACAAAAUUAUCAGCAUUGUCUCCUGAAGUUAUAUCAAGACAGGCUACAAUCAAUAUUGGAACAAUUGGGCAUGUAGCUCAUGGGAAGUCAACAGUUGUGAAAGCUAUAUCAGGAGUACAAACUGUCAGAUUUAAGAAUGAGCUUGAAAGAAACAUUACUAUUAAGUUGGAACGUGUAUCUGACUCACUCAUAAGAAUGUUUUGUGAAAGAAGUGAAGAAAUGGCUGAAGAUAUAUUUCAAAGAAAAUUAACUAAAGGAAAACAGAAUCAGCCCAUGCUUUCUGAGCCCAAAGAACCUCCUGCAAAAAAAAUGAAAAAGAAAAAUCAAGAUCUAAUAGAGUUUAACAUUGAAAAUAUACUUGACUUUAAGUUUGAAAAUGGAGUAGAAUACUUCUUUAUAAAAUGGAGAGGCUGGCCAGAUAGUGAUAAUACUUGGGAGCCAAUUGAGAACUUAGACAAAUGUCCUGAUAUCCUACGUUCAUUUUUAUUUCAUCAAGAAGAAAAACAUUGUAAGGUAUUUGAAAAACUCAAAACUGAAUUGUCAUUUGACAACUUACUCAGUGAAGAGAAUCUUGUUAAAAGAUUAGUAGAUUUUAAAGAAUUUCCCUUGUUAUCUUUAAAAGAUAAACUUUUAAUAAAACUAUUAAGCUUGACAACUCUCACCCUAAAGGAAGAAUGCCAUGUAGCUAACUUAGUGCAAGAAACAAGAGAUAUCUUACAAAUGUAUGUUUUGGCUAGAAAAAGAUGUAGACAACUUAUGGGUUUAAAGGAAUGGGAGGAGUUUUUGAAUCAAGUGGAUAAAUGUGAGAGGUUAGUUGUUGAAAAUGAAUUUGAUCUGUGUGGCCCUCCAGAGAAUUUUACAUACAUCAAUGAAUGCAUUCCAGGGGUGGGAGUUGUUAUACCAACAGAGCCACCCAUCGGUUGCGAUUGUACUGCUUGCAAUUGUCGAUCAAAAGCCUGCUGUGGAAUGCAAGCUGGUCUAUUUGCCUAUACAAUCAAGAAAAGGUUAAGAGUGGCAUCUGGCACGCCUAUCUUUGAGUGUAACAAAGCAUGUAAAUGUUCAGAUAAUUGUAACAAUCGUGUAGUGCAGAAAGGUAGAAAUAUAAAGCUCACAAUAUUCAGGACAAAUAAUGGCUGUGGUUGGGGGGUUAAAACUAGUCAAAAAAUCUAUCAAGGUCAGUUUAUCUGUCAAUAUGUUGGUGAAGUCAUUACUUUUGAAGAAGCAGAAAAGCGCGGUAGGGAGUAUGAUGCCAAUGGCCUUACCUAUCUAUUUGAUUUGGACUUUAACUCGGCUGAGAAUCCUUAUACCAUUGAUGCAUGCAAUCUAGGUAAUGUAUCACAUUUUAUAAAUCACUCUUGUGAGCCAAAUCUCGGAGUUUGGGCAGUGUGGGCAGAUUGUCUUGAUCCAAAUUUACCCAUGUUAGCACUAUUUGCAACAAGAGAUAUCGAAGCUGGGGAAGAAAUUUGCUUUGACUAUCUGCAUAGGUCUAAUGAAGAAGAACCAACAUCCCCACAUAAAGUACCACAAGAAGUGAGUGAUCCAGACACAAAUCUGCCAUCUCCUUCAGAAGGUAACACAGCCAGUUCUCCAGUAUCACCAGUUAAAUUGAGAUAUGAAGUACAUCAAGAGAAUAAGAGUUUGAGAAAACAAACAGAGUGUAAAUGCGGAGCUGUUAAGUGUAGAAAGUAUAUAUUUUAAGAGUGAUUUACGUUUUUUUUUAGCGAUUACCACAAAAAUUAUGACUCCAACUGUCUAACCUAGAUUUUAGCGUUGAUUAUAAUAGUAUUAUAAAAAGUAUUUGAGUAUUUUUUGGUAACUAUUUUGUUUGCAAAAAUAUACACAAACGAAUGCAUAUUGGGUUUAAAUUUUAUUGAUCUAAAAUUAUGAUGUCAUAAUUUUUUGUCUUCUCAGUUGAAUAAGUUUAGAAAAUUAAUAUUAUAUUACUUUAUAAUAUCGGAACUUAUUAUGUUAAUGUUAUCACAUAAGAUUGUUCUCCGCUAGAUUAAGGCUAAAAAUAUUGUUAGACAUAAACUUUAUAGUAAGUUAACUUGUAAGAUGUCUGAUUAUAUGUACAUUACACAUACAAUUAUGAAAAUAUCAGCUUAGCACUAUUGGACCAAUUGGGCGAUAUACUAGAUAUUGAACUGUUUGUCAUUGUUAUACAAUUCUGUAAAAUUGUUUUUUUUAUGUAAGUUACAGUUUAUAAU